UCUCCCCACUCAUCUCUGGUCUAAAGCACGGGAGUGCCGUGUCUCCAGUAAGUGGUCUGUGGUUUUGAUAGAUUCAUAAACUAAGUUUACCGCGCAAGAGCGGCCGUAGCCCAGUGGAUAGGGUAGCGGAUUCGCGACCGAAAGGUUGGAGGUUCGUGCCCAGCUUCCAGCGGCAUUCACCAAUGGGUUUUCAUAUGAAAACUUAAGUCCCCUCACGCUGAGUUGAAUAAGGCCCGUCUCGCAAGGUACAUCGCCAUCUAUUGUCGAACUUCAAACCUUGAUUAUUAGGACCAGUUACUGGCACAUGUCCCCCAUUGGGGUUACAGCCAUAAGGAAAGGAAGGGAAGGGAAGUUUACCGCGCGACAGUCACUGGCACAUCUCCUCAUUGGAGGAGUCAGCCAUAAGGAAAGGAAGGAAGAAAGUUUACCGCGCCUUUAAUGUUAGUUAGAGUGGUUUAGGGUUAACUUUUAUCGAAAAUUGUUACAGUAUAACCUCAAUUUAUAAAACUACACAAAAUUAACACUAAUUAUAUAAAAAUGGAAAAGGAAUCCUCAUCAAAAAAAAUUAAAUCUUCAAAUUUAAUUAAUCAAUUUAUAAUGGAGAGAACAAAUGCAGCAGAUUCUAUAAUGCAUUUUCGAUUUGAUAAGAAAAGGGUCAGAAUUCUUACCAGCAUAGAGGAGGUAGCUGAAAAGUGUAAAGGAAUUGUUUAUUGGAUGUUUCGAGAUGUCAGAGUUCAGGAUAAUUGGGCAUUUUUGUUUGCACAAAAGGUUGCCAAUAAAAAUUCUGUACCACUACACGUGUGUUUUUGCAUAUUACCAACAUUUUUAAAUAGUACUAUGCGGCACUAUAAGUUUCUUCUGAAAGGUUUAAUGGAGGUUGAUGCAGAAUGCAAACAGUUGAAUAUAAAUUUUCAUCUACUUCAUGGUGAACCAAACCAAGCAAUUUUAGAUUUUGUCCAAAAGUAUAAAAUGGGUGCUGUCAUUACAGACUUUUUUCCACUACGAUUACCUCUGUUUUGGCUUAAUGAUCUAAAAAAAAAACUACCAGACAACAUUCCAUUAUGUCAAGUCGAUGCACAUAAUAUUGUACCAUGUUGGAUUACGUCAGAAAAGUUGGAAUAUUCUGCUCGUACAAUUCGGAAUAAAAUAAAUUCUAGAUUGGAAGAUUAUCUGACACAGUUCCCACCAGUCACAAAACAUUCCUUCUUAACUAAUCAAAAAUUUAAAAAGAAUGAUUGGGAGAAUGCUCUGAGGAAGUUGGAUAUAGAAGAAUCUGUGAAAGAAGUACCUUGGACUAUACCAGGGUAUAAUGGUGGCAUUUUAGAAUUGCAAAGCUUUUUAGAUAAUCGUUUGGCACACUUUCACACUAUGCGUAACAAUCCUUUAAGCAAUGCUACAAGCAAUUUGUCUCCAUGGUUUCAUUUUGGUAUGAUAUCCGUUCAGCGAUGUAUUUUAGAAGUAUUAAAAUACAAACAAAUGUAUAAAGAGUCUGUGGAAACAUUUAUGGAAGAAGCAAUUGUGAGAAGAGAAUUAAGCGAUAAUUUUUGUUUCAACAAUGAAAAGUACGAUGCUGUAGAAGGUGCCAAUCAAUGGGCAAUUGAUACUUUAAAUCAGCAUAGAAGCGACAAACGGGAAUACAUUUAUAAUUUAAAUGAAUUGGAGCAUUCUUUAACUCAUGAUGACUUAUGGAAUUCAUCCCAAAUCCAGUUAGUGCAAGAAGGAAAGAUGCAUGGCUUUUUAAGGAUGUAUUGGGCAAAGAAGAUAUUAGAAUGGACACAUGAUCCUGAAGAAGCUCUCAAAUGGGCGAUUUACUUGAAUGACAAGUACAGUAUAGAUGGCUGCGAUCCCAAUGGAUAUGUAGGAUGUAUGUGGUCAAUUUGUGGAAUACACGAUCAAGGUUGGAAGGAGAGAAAUGUAUUUGGAAAAAUACGAUACAUGAAUUACAAAGGUUGCGAGCGAAAAUUUGAUGUGAAGGAAUUCGUUAAAAUGUGGGGUGGCAAAGUGUACAACAAAUAAGAAAAGCAAGGUUUUAUACAUGUACAUAUACAUGGUAUGUAUAUCUUAAUAUACAUAUUUAAAAUAAUUCUAGUACCCAAAUCUGUAUACAGGGUGUUCGUUAUGAAACGCACUGUAGUAAUACCGUUGCAUUCCUUG